AUGAUGUCGGCCCAAAAACUUGUGACCUGCCUCUGCCGGGAGGGCGACAAGCACCUGGCCCUGGGACAGCCCCCGCUGGCCACUGCCUUCUACCUGGCCGCCUUCAGCUGCCACGCCCCCUCAGCCGUGCGGAGUGUGCGUGCGGCCCUGGCUGAGGCUCGGGGGGCAGCGGUGGUGGCCACCCUGGAGGCCUGGUGCCGGGGGGAGAGCCAGAUCCCAGCCAUCCACUGGGACGGCAUGGCAGUGGUCUCCCUGACGGGGACCCUCGCCUCUGCCUUCCUGGCUGCUCUGUGCCCCGACCACCCAGCCUCGGUCCUGUACACACUGGCCGGCCUGCUGGCCCAUGGGCACCACAGGGAGGCUGCCCAACGCUGCAAUGCCCUGCUUGCCACCCACUCGCAGCAAGCCCUGGAACUGCAGCUAACCCGAGCGCUGGCCUGGGUGCUGUCCCGGGAGCAGGUGGCCGAUGGCGUGGCCGACUACCUGCGGGCCUUUGGGGAGAAGCCUGAGCAGACAGCAGCAUUCAUCCAUGCCCACCAAAAGCCCUACCUCCCCCUGCUGGUCAGCACCCUGGAGGACCACAUCUCAGGCCACCCACAGGAGACCAACUGCCAACGACUCAUCGCCGCCCUGGGGCCUGGGGGUGCCCGGAGCCACACCCUCCCACCUGACACUCUGCUCCAAGAGGGCAGGUACAAGGACUGCCUAGCAGCAUGCAGCCGGGCCCUGGAGCCAGACGCAGCAGGCAGCCAGCCCCCAGGAGAGCGCCUGGCUGCCCUGCUGGUCACCCGUGCAGCAGCCGCCUUCUUCCUGGAUGGCUGGGCCCAGGACGUGCUGAGGGACCUGCAGGCGGCCUUUCGCAAGAGCCCGGCAGCGGCGCGGAGACACUUCCAGGCGCUGCUCUCGGCAGAGGACCGCGAGCGCGUCCGGGCCCGAGUGCAAGAGGCUGCAGACCUGGGCUUCGCCCGGUUCCGGGAGGCCGUGCGCAGCCGCCCCGAGCUACGUGAGGACACGGGCCGCGAGCUGCUGGCCCCGGUGACCGGCGCGCUGCGCUUCCUGCUGCGCGUGGCACCGCCCGGGGCGCGGGCGACUCUGGGCGUCCGCUUGGCAGAGUGUCUGCUACUGGCCGGGGACACGGCGGGCGCGCGGACGCUGUGCGAGCGCCUGCUGCGGCCAGGCGACCAUCAGGAUGGCCCGCCCGGCCCUAGCGCCGCCGUGCCCCGUGCGCCCCUGCUAGCGCUGCGCGGCUUCUGCGCGCUGCACGCGGGCGACUCGCGGCGCGCCCGGGAGGACUUCCAGGCGGUGGUGGAGCUGGGCGCCCCGCACCCCAGCGGCUGCGUCCGCGCGCUGUGCGGCCGCGGGCUCCUGCGCGUGCUGGAUGGCAGCCCCUUCCUGGGCGCGCUGGACUAUGUCACCGCCUGCCAGUUACGGCCGGAGGAGGCCCUGCUCGCUGCCAAGGCCUACGUGCCCUGGAACCAGCGAGGCCUACUGCUGACGGUGUUGCGCGAGGAGGGUCGCCGGAUGCUGCAACGAAGGCCCGAGGCCAGUCCUGCAGGUGCAGCUGGCAGCCGGAAGAACCUGGUGAAGAAGGUGGUCCGGUCCGGUGACACCGCCUGCCUCCAGCCCACCCUGGACGUCUUCCACGACAGUGACCGGCAGCUGCUUCGGAGCCACUGCCACACCCGGGCUACGGCCAUCCUGAGGGCGCGACCAGGCGGGGACGGUGGGGCCCAAGCCAGGGAGGCCAUCGCCUACCUCUCUCUGGCCAUCUUCGCUGCAGGGGGUCAAGCCAGCGAGUCCCUCCUCGCCCGUGCCCGCUGCUACGGCUUCCUGGGCCAGAAGAAGACGGCCAUGUUUGACUUCAACGCCACCCUGCGGGCCGAGCCAGGGAACGUGCAGGCGCUGUGUGGGCGGGCACUGGUGCACCUGGCCCUGGGCCACCAGAAGGAGGCUGUGGAUGACAUCACCUCUGCCCUGAAGUUAAACCCAGGCACUGUGGUCCCUGAAAUCCGCUCGUUGAAGCCAGAAGCCCAGGCCCUCAUCACUCAGGGCCUUUACGCCCGCUGCCGGGCUCUCCUCAGCCAGCCGCUGGACACCGGGACGCCCCUCAACGACGAGGACAUACGGGGCCUCGUUGCCACCGGAGAGGCCCUGGUCAAACUCAACCCCCGGCAGCCAGCCUGGCACCUCCUGCUCACCGAUGCGCUCCUGUCUGCAGGUAAGGAGCCGCAGCUCAGGAUGGGAGCCCGGCGUCUGCCUGGGAGCCAUUCUUCCGAGCAUCGGAUUGGUCUGUGGGGGUUGCAGGAAGGUGGGGCGAGGGGGGCGCGGGUCUCUGCGCGUACCAUCCCCAACCCCUCCAGAGAAAGCUGGCAGCCUCUUUGCAUAUAAGCGACUGAAAUGGCGGGGCUCAGGCCUUUGGGGGCUGCGGCACUUAGGCGGGCUUCCCUUCCUAUCCAGGCCGCCGCCCAAGAAGCGCGCACCUUCAUGAACGCAGGACUCCCGGGUCAGGCGCUGGGCUUCUGCUCGCUGGCCGUCCUUGCGGAUGGAGACAGCGCGCACAACCGGCGCGCCCGAGCAGCCUGCCUCGCGGAGCUGGGGGAGUUUGGCCGCGCUCUCGGAGACCUGGACCACGUGCUGCAGACGGGAGUAGAGCCUGAGGACGUUGCGACGCAGACGGAGGACUUCUGCACCCGGGGCCGUCUGCUGCUGAGCCUGGGGGACGAGGUGGGGGCUGCAGGGGCCUUCGCCCGGGCGCUCCAGCUGGCGCCCUCCCUGGCUCUGAGCAGCCUGCUGGAGCGGCCGGGCAGAGCCCCCACCGCCCGAGUAUUUCUGCUCCACGGCCAGCGCUGCCUGGAGGCCCAGCGCCACCCAGAGGCCUGGGCAGCGGCUGAGAGCGGCCUGCUUGUGGACCCGGAGCACGGUGGCCUGAAGAAGCUGAAGGCCAGGGUUCACAGGGAGGCGUCCUCCGGCUGCCUUCUCCACUGACCCCUCCCCAGCCAGUCCCGGACCACCCUGCCCUUUCCACCAGAUGUCUCGUCCCUGAGUGUACCGGCCACCCUGAACCAAGUGGGCAGUGGGCGCUAGACAAACGGACUCCCACCUUUCUGCCUUGGAAGUUGUUGCCAGUCUGGGUAGA